AUGGAUUUUGGCGGAGCCCCCCGGUUUUUAAGCCGGCCAAAGACCUUUGCCGUGACCGCCGGCAAGGACGCGACGCUCGCCUGUCGGAUCAUCGGCAACCCGGUGCCACUGGUGAUCUGGGAGAAGGGCAACAGGCCGAUCAGGUCGGAGGGCAGGUUCAAAACGGUGGAGGACGGCGACUUGUACAAGCUGACCAUCUGCGAGCUGUGCAGCGGGGACAGCGGCCAGUACAUCUGCAGGGCCAACAACCCAGUGGGGGAAGCUUACGCGGCGGUCACCCUUCAGGUGGGCGCCGGCCCGCAGGUCGCCAGCGCCCAGUGCGCGCCUUACUUCGUGCUGAAGCCCAGCUCGCUGCGGGUCUGCCUGGGGGACGACGCCAGCUUCUGCUGCCAAGUCCAGGGGAACCCGCUGCCGACAGUCCACUGGGAGAAAGACGGCAAGGCCUUGGGCGGCGGCCCGGGCGACAACGCCAAUAACCGGUACGUGGUGGAGGCGGCGGGCGGCACCCUCCGAAUCUGCUGCGUCAGGCUCUCAGACGGCGGCUCCUUCACAUGCAGAGGCCUCAAUGAGGUGGGCGAAUGCCAGGCAGUCGCUGCCCUGGUCGUCCUGUCGCCGGGUGACGGCCCCACCCAGAGUUCGCCGGCGUCCCUGCUGUCGCACCUGCAGCAAAGGCGGGAACAGGUCCGAGCCUCGGGGGCGCCGCACGCGGGCGCGGCGGUUGGUCGGGCCCGCACGUGCACCGUCACCGAAGGCAAACACGCCAAGCUGAGCUGCCAAGUGACGGGCAAACCCCGGCCAGAAAUUAGCUGGAAAAAAGACGGCGAGGUGAUCCUCCCGGGACGCAGGCACGUUAUUUUCGACGACGACGAGGACAACUUCGUGCUGAGGAUCCUCUUCUGCAAGCAGAGCGAUAACGGGCGCUACACCUGCACUGCCUCCAAUUUGGCCGGGCAGACGUACAGCUCGGUGCUGGUCAUCGUCAAAGAACCAAGGGUAUCCUUUAAAACUAAACUGAAAGAUGUUGAAGCUGUGGAGAAGGAAACAGCAACCCUCCAGUGUGAAGUUCCUAUUCCUGCCAUACAGGCCAGUUGGUUCUUGGAGGAAACAGAGAUAGCUGAAAGUACUAAAUAUAAAAUAGAAGAGGAAGGCACCCUUAGAAAACUUACUAUAAAAAAUGUUACUACUGAUGACGAUGCUGUCUAUAUCUGUGAAAUGAAUGAAGGCAGCAGAACAGUUGGUGAAUUGACAGUAAAAGGUAAUAUUGUUAAGAAACUUCCAAGGAAAACUACGGUACCAGAAAAUGACACUGCCGUUUUUUGUGUGGAAUUGAGUAGUGGCUGUAAUAAUAUCAGGUGGACAAAGAAUGGAGAAGACCUAAAACCAAAUGACAGAAUGACCAUCACUGUAUCUGGCACUCGGCGCACUCUAACAAUUCGAGAGUGUAAAUGGGAAGAUGCUGGAGAAAUAGCACUUUUGGCAGAUGACUCUAGAACAUCAACUCAAUUCACAAUAACAUCACCCCGGAAAGUUCCACCACAUCCCCCAGUCAACCCUGUGGUCAAAGAAAAAACGGAAACAUCUGUUACUUUGGCUUGGUCACUGCCUGUAGAUGUGCCACCUGCCCCUGUGACUGGAUACAUAGUAGAAAGAACGAAAAUAGGAAGCAAUACCUGGACAAGGUGCCAUACUUCAGAAAAGAUAGAGGCACAAGAGUUCGCACUGAGUGGCUUGUCAGAAGGAGCUACUUAUCAGUUCAGAAUUAGUUCUGUAAACAACUUUACUCAGAGUGAAUACUUAGAAGUCCCAGGAACAUUUUAUAUUGAACCCAGAAUUUCCAUUGAGAAGCCAUUGCAAAAUGUUGAAGCUCCAGCUGGUGAAGAUGCUACUUUCAUUACUGAACUAUCCUCUGUUGCUCCUGGAACAUGGUUCAUGAACGGAAAAGUUGUACAAGACAGCGAGAAUUACAUAAUACAGAGAAAUAAAAAUAUACACACAUUAAUAAUUAAACGGGUGAGGUCUUUGGAUAAUGAAGCUGAUGUGAAGUUUGUAGCUAGCAAUGCUGAAAGCACUGCUAAAUUGAGAGUGAAAGCUGCAGCUGUCAAAUUCAUAAACAAACCAAAAACUCCACCUGAAGUUAUGGCAGUAACCUCAGAAUGUCUGGAAUUGUCUUGUGAGGUGUCACCAGCCAAUGCUGCGGUCAUAUGGAGAAAGGAUCAAAAAGAGGUUAAGCAGGACCAGAGGAUAAACAUCAUCUCUCAGGGAACACAACGCAAACUUGUCAUCAAAAAAGUGCAGCAGAGCGACCAAGGAAACUACACCUGCAUGUCUAAUGAUGACAGUCUAACAUUCCAAGUUAAGAUCAGAGAACCAACUGCAACUAUCUUGAAGAAGUCCACAACACAAACGGAGUACUCAGCAAUAGUGGGAGAGAAGGUAGUCCUUGUUUGUGAAGUAGCUCAGAAUACUGUAGAAGGGACGUGGUACAGAAAAGGACAGAAAGUAAAGCUGAAUAAAGCUGUAAAUGUUGAAUCAGAAGGUAUCACACGAAGACUGGUCCUUCACAAUGCAAAAUCUGGAGAUUCUGGGGCUUACACAUUUAAAACCAAAGAGGAUGAGAUCACCAUCAAUGUUGCUGUCAAAGAGCCAGAACCAGUAUUUACCAAUAAAGAAUCAGUUCAGAAGGAGGUAAAGAUUCAAGCAUCAGAGAAUGCUGUUCUCAGCUGUGAAGUGUCACAACUCAAAACUGAGGUCAAAUGGUCCAAGAAUGGAAAGAUUCUCAGUCCUAACCAAAAAGUUAAACUUGUUUCUGAAGGUAGAAUUAGAAAACUUAUUAUUCAGAAUGCAGAGGCGAAGGAUGGAGGCAGUUAUAUCUGUGAAACAGCUGGAGAGAAAUUGAUUUUCCAUAUUGAAGUUACAGAACUGAAAACAGGAUUUUGCAAUAAAGAUUUAAUUCAGAGGAAAGUGAGGGUUCGGCAAUCAGAGAAUGCUACGCUCAGCUGUGAAGUGUCACAGCCCAGAACAGAGGUAAAAUGGUUCAGAGGUGGAAAACUACUAAGUCAGAAUAAAAAAAUGAAACUCGAAUCUGAGGGUUCAUUUCGAAAGCUUAUCAUUCAUAAUGUGGAGUCUAAAGAUGGAGGUGAAUACACAUGUGAAGCUGAUGGAGAGAAACUGACCUUCAAUGUUCAAGUUACAGAACUAGAAACAGGAUUUGCAAAUAAAGAUCGAGUUCAGAAGGAGAUAAAGGUCUGUCAAUCAGAGAAUGCUACUCUCAGCUGUGAAAUGUUACAGUCCAAAACUGAGGUCAAAUGGUUCAAAGAUGGAAGACUGCUCAGUCAGAGUAAAAAAAUAAAACUUGAAUCUGAUGGUAAAAUACGAAAGCUUAUCGUUCAUAAUAUUGAAUCAAAAGAUGGAGGUGACUAUGUAUGUGAAGCAGCUGGAGAGAAACUGAGCUUUAAUGUUCAGGUUACAGAGCCAGAACCAGCAUUUAUCAAUAAAGAAUCAGUUCAGAAGGAAGUGAAGGUUCAAGCAUCAGAGAAUGCUAUUCUCAGCUGUGAAGUGUCACAACUCAAAGCUGAAGUUAAAUGGUCCAAAAAUGGAAAGGUUCUCACUCCUAGCUCAAAAAUUAAACUAGUUUCUGAAGGAAGAGUUCGAAAACUAAUUAUUCAGAAUGCAGAGCCGAAAGACAUAGGCGACUAUAUCUGUGAAACAGCUGGAGAGAAAUUAAUUUUCCAUAUUGAGGUUAAAGAGUUGCCUAUCUUGUUCACAAAGAAGCUACAAAAUGUAAAUGUGCUGUGCGGUACAACAUGUGUAUUUACAUGUGAAUUAAAUCAAGCAAAGGCUGAUGUCUUGUGGCGACAAAAUGGAACAGAAAUCAAUCCAAGCCUCAGAGUAAAAAUACAGGCAGAUGGUCAAAGGCGAAGUUUGACUAUUUCCAAAGUAACUGUUAAGGAUGAGGGGGAAUAUCUCUGUGAAUCAAAGGAUGAUAUUACCACUGCUAAAUUAACCACCAAGGUUCCAAAGGUUAUUAAGUUUGUAAGCAAACUUCGCAGUUUGGUAGCCGUGGAAGGAGAAGAUGCUGAUUUUAAAUGUACUGUCUCUCAUGAGGAUGCUACAGUGACUUGGUAUAAGAAUGGCAUCAAAAUUGAGCCAAGUGAAAAAUAUGUAAUAUCAUGUGAAAAAGCCAACCACAGUUUGGCCAUCAAAAACCUAACAGUACAGGAUGCAUGUGAAAUUUCUGCAGAGGUUGAAAAUAUAAAAACAAAAGCCAACCUUCAAGUUCAAGAAGCUCCAGCCUUGUUUAAAAAGAAAUUGGAAAACAUGACCGUUGAAGAAAAACAGACAGCUGUUUUGGAAGUAGAACUCACAAAACUUUGUGAUGUCAAAUGGAUGAAAAACAAUGUUAUCAUUCAGCCUGAUGGAAAUGUAGACAUUACAGUAGAUGGAAACAAGCAUAUACUUACCAUUAAAAAUGUGAGCUUAGCUGACCGUGGUAAUUACACUUGUGAAACACUUCAUGAAAAGACAAAAGCAAAGUUAACUGUUGAAAUGAGAAAAAUUAAACUGAUCAAAGGAUUAGAAGAGCUGAGUGUGCAUGAGAAAGAGACUUGCACUUUUGAAGUUGAGUUGUCUCAUGAAGAAGUGGAUAUAACCUGGUUGAAGGAUAAUAUCAGACUGAAAUCAGGUCCCAACUGCAAGAUUACUACACUGGGCAAGAAACAUGCCCUGACAUUAUCUGCCUUGAGAAUUGAGGAUUCAGGACUGAUUAGUUUCAAAGCUGAAGGUAUACACACAUCUGGAAGACUCAAAGUAACAGAGCCUCCGGUGACUUUUGUUAAACCUUUAGAGGAUAUCAAAGUUCCAGAGAAAGAUAAAGUUAUUUUUGAAUGUGAACUGUCAAGAGCCAAUGCAGAAGUUAAAUGGUUCAAGAAUAAUGUGGAGAUUAAACCAGGGAAAGGAUAUAGCAUUAUAUCUAAAGGAAGGAAAAGGAAUCUUAUCAUUUAUCGAUGUGAAUAUGAACACCAAGCACAAUACACAUGUGACGCAGUGGAUUGCAAGUCAUCAGCCAUGCUCACUGUCCAUGCUCGUGACAUCAAAGUAGUCCGGCCUUUGGAAGAUCUUGAAGUGAUCGAACAGGAGAGUGCUGCCUUCUUAUGUGAAAUUUCACACGAUGAAGUUGAUUGUCAGUGGUUUAAGAACGACAUAAAAAUCAGGGCUGGAGAAAAUGUGAAAUUACGUCAGGAAGGAAGAACACAUAUUCUACUCUUUAAAUCAGUAAAGCCUGAAGAUGCUGCAGAGAUCAAGUUUGUUGCUGAAAGUACUACUUCCAGAGCUUUCCUUCGGAUUAAAGAAUUGCCAGUUAAGAUUGUGAAACCUUUAAGAGAGAAAAUUGGCAUGGAGAAGCAUCGUGUCUUUUUUGAAUGCAAAGUUUCCAGAAAAAAUGCUGUGGUCAAAUGGUAUUACAAAGGAAAGGAGAUUCAUCCCAGUAAGAAGUAUGAGAUUGUGAGUGAAGAUUUGUACAGGAAGCUCAUAAUUAAUAAUGUUGCUUUUGAAGAUGAAGGCAGCUACAUGUGUGAUGCCGUAGAUGACAAAAGCACUGCAAUGUUAUAUGUAGAAGAGCAAUCAAUUACCAUCAUUAAGCCAAUAUCUGAUGUGGAAGUUACAGAGCCAGACGAAGUCAGACUUGAAUGUGAGCUUUCAGUUGCUGAUGUGAAACCUCCGAAAUGGAUAUUAAAUGGUGAAAUUCUUCAUCCUUCUGAAGAUGUCAACAUUGAGCAUUGUGGCACUAUUCAUCAUCUUAUUCUGAAAAAUACGAACUGUAAGAUGACUGGCGUUGUGCAAUUUAUUGCUGGGAAAUCAAAAUCUGAAGCAAGGCUAACCAUUAAAGAGCCUCCAUCAAAGGUAGUGAGAGAACUACAGAACAUAACAGUGGAAGAGAAGAAGUCUGUUACUUUGAGUUGUGAGUUUACACCUACUCCUAAGGUGGUCAGGUGGUACAAAGAUCAGAGCUUAAUUGAAUCUUCUGACCGAUUCAAAUUCAAGCAAAUUCAGAAUGUGAUAGAACUUAUGAUUUCAAACCUCAGCCCAGAGGACUCUGGUGAAUAUAGCUGCAAGUCAAGUAAUGCACAGACCACAGCCACACUCACAGUGGAAGCUUUAAAAAUAGAAAUAAUAAAACAUUUGGAGGAUGUAGAUACCGAGGAGGAAAGCAAUCUUGUAUAUUCAUGCGAGUUGUCCCAUGAUAUUGAUGAAGUACAGUGGUAUCUAAAUGAUACUCCCUUAUUCUCAAAUGACUUCAAUGAGAUAAAGAAAAAAGGAAAGAGACACACAUUAAUUUUGAAAAGUGUAACACCUGAAGAUACAGGAACAGUUAUGCUGAAAGUGAGAAAUGUGACAGAAACAGCACAGUUGAAUGUACGAGAAAAGCCCGUGGUCUUCAUGAAAUCAUUGGAUGACAUUGCUGGGGAGGAGAGAGGAAUGAUUACACUGGAGUGUGAAGUAUCUAAGCCCAAAGUGAAUCCAGUCUGGAAAAAAGAUGAUGUGGUUCUUGGUUCAAGUGACAAAUAUGAACUACUACAUGCUGGAAAGACACUUUGUCUUAUAGUACAUGACCUGAAUAAAAGUGAUGCUGGAGUGUAUACUUGUGACAUUGGCAGUGAUAAAGCAAAUGCAAAGGUCACCAUACAAGAUCUAAACAUUGGAAUCACAAAGCGGCUAAAGAGCACAGAGAUUAAAGAGGGAGAAAGUGGAUCAUUUGAAUGCAUACUUUCUCAUGAAAGCAUUGAUGAAUAUUACUGGACUGUAAAUGGGCAGUUAGUGAAAGGCAAUGAACGAUUUGAGGCAUUUAAUAUUGGUCGAAAAUAUAUACUCAGCAUUAAGGAGACAGCUCUUUCAGAUGCGGGUGAAGUUGUUUUCCAUGUGCGAAAUCUCAACUCUAAGGCAUCCUUGAUGGUGAAAGAAAAACCAACAGAAAUCAUAAAGCAGCUUGAGGACACGGUGGCAAUAGCAGGUGAAGAUAUUAUACUGCGCUGUGAAACCUCUAAGCCUGAUACUUCAGUGAAGUGGUUUAAGGAUGGCAAAAUAAUUAGGAACAGUGCCAAGUAUGAAGUAUCUCAGCAUGAAACCAUAACCCAAUUGAUAAUCCAUCAAGCUACUACAAAAGAUUCUGGAGAGUAUGAAUGCAGAACAGAGAUUUCUAAAACUAAAGCCACUGUCACUGUAAAAGAAGUUGUAAAUCGAUUUAUCAAGGAAUUACAUGACAUAAAAGCUGAAGAGAAAGGAUUUGUAAUUUUUGAGUGUGAAACUGAGCAGCCAGCAGACAGGGCUGUCUGGAGAAAAGGGAUGGCAGAAAUAAAGCCAAGCAAGAAGUAUGAGAUGAAACGGGAGGGCGGUUUACUAAGCCUUAAAAUUAAUCAGCUAGAGAAAAUUGAUAGUGACCACUACACAUGUGACAUUGGUAAUGCAAAGUCAAGAGCUCUGCUGUCGGUUGCAGGUCAGAAAGUUCGAAUGGUUGAAGACCUUGAAGAUGUUGAAGUCCUUGAAGGAGAAUCAGCAACAUUUAAAUGCAGGAUAUCACCAUCAGAUUAUAACAAUGUACAGUGGUUCUUGGAUAAAACACCUCUCCAUACCAAUGAUGUGAAUGAAAUUAAUUCAUUAAAGGAUGGCUAUCAUACUUUAACAGUUAAAAAACUUUCAGUCAAAGAUUCUGGUAAUAUAACAUUUGAAGCUGGAGAUAAGAAAACCUCUGCUGUCCUGACAGUGAAAGAAAAGCCACCUUUCAUAACAAAAGAGUUGGCAGCUUCAGUUGCUGUCAUUGAAGAGGAAGAUAACAGUUUACACUGUGAAACAUCUAAGCCAGACUCCUUGCUUGUCCUUUUCAAACAAAAGCUUCAGAAUGAAAGAGCUGAAGAGAAUGGUACUGCCAUAUCGCACUGUGUGGUUAUAAAACCUGGUGCUUCAGUAGAAUGGAAAAAGGAAUCUAUGGUACUUCACCCAACUGAAAAGUAUGAAAUGAAACAGCAAGGUGCCAUCAAUGAACUAUUAAUUCAUUAUCUGAAAGUAGAAGAUGCUGGAACAUACAGCUGUGAUUCUGGAGAUGAACAGACCUCUGUGCCUACAAUCUUCAAGCAAAAACUUAAGGAUGAAGAAGCUCAGGAAGAUGGUACUGCCACAUUGCGUUGUGAAAUUAGCAGACCAGAAGCAGUGGUGCAGUGGAAGAAAGGAUCCACUCUACUUCAUCCAAGUGCCAAAUAUGAAAUGAAGCAAAAGGGAUGCAUUGUUGAGCUGGUUAUUCACAAACUUGCACCACAAGAUGGUGGAAGAUACAGUUGCGAUAUUGGAGAUCAACAUACCAGUGCUUCCUUGAAAAUUAAAGCCAUUCCAGUGCUUUUCAAACAAGAGCUUCAGAACAAGGAAGCUGAAGAGGGCAGUACCACCACUCUGCAUUGUGAACUAACAAAGUCAAAUGCCUCUGUGCAGUGGAGAAAAGGAACGGUGGUACUUCAUUCCAAUGACAAAUAUAAAAUAAAGAAAACUGGUCCUAUAAAUGAACUGUUAAUCUGUAAUCUGAAAGCAGAAGAUACAGGAGAAUAUACUUGUGAUUCAGGAGAUCAGCAGAGCAUAGCCUCCCUUAAAGUGAAAGCACUUCCAGUGUUUUUCAAGACAAAGCUUCAGAGUAAAGAGCAUAAAGAAGGGAAUGUUGCUACAUUACAGUGUGAUCUGACAAAGCCUGAUGCUCCUGUAACGUGGAAGAAGGGAUCUGUCCUCCUUGAUUCUAGUGGAAAAUAUGAAAUGAAACAAAAAGGUUCUAGGGUUGAGCUGAUCAUUCAUGACUUGAAACUUGAAGAUGCAGGAGAAUAUACUUGUGACUCUGGGGAUGAACAGACAACAGCUUCCUUAAAAGUAAAAGCCCUGCCUGUACAUUUUAAAAAAGGGCUUCAGAAUAUGGAAGCUAAGGAGGGAAAUACUGCCAAACUUUGUUGUGAGCUUACUAAGCCAGAUCAUCCAGUGAAAUGGAGGAAAGGAUCUACUCUGCUUCAUCCAAGUGACAAACACGAAAUAAUUCAAAAGGGUUCCACUGUUGAAUUGCAUAUUCACCAUCUAAAAGUUGAAGACUCCGGAGAAUAUACCUGUGAUUCUGGUGACCAAAAGACGAAGAGCUGUUUAAAAGUAGCUGCCUUGCCUGUACUUUUCAAGAAAGAGCUUUGCAGUCAGGAAAUUGAGGAAGACUGCACUGCCACUUUCCACUGUGAAGUCACCAAACCGGAUGCCCCCAUCAAAUGGAAAAAAGGAUCCAGGCUGCUUCGUGCAAGUGACAAAUUUGAAAUGAAUCAAAAAGGUCCCUGCAUUGAGUUGCUUAUUCACAAUGUAAAACUAGAAGAUGCUGGAGAAUAUACCUGUGAUUCCGGAGAUCAACAGACAACUGCCUCCUUAAAAGUGAAGGCUCUACCUGUGCUUUUCAAAGAAAAGCUUCAGAAUAAGGAAGCUGAAGAGGAUAGUACUGCCAUUCUUCACUGUGAGAUCACAAAACCAGGUGCCCCUGUGGAAUGGAGGAAAGGAUCUAUGAAACUUCAACCAAGUAAAAAGUAUGAAAUGAGACAAAAGGGUUCCUGUGUUGAGUUAGUUAUUAACAGCCUAAAAGUUGAAGAUGCUGGAGAAUAUACCUGUGAUACAGGGGAUCAGCAGACAGUGAGCUUGCUAAAAGUGAAUGCCCUUCCUGUGCUUUUCAAACAAGAGCUUCAGAAUAAGGAAGCUGAAGAGGAAAGUACUGUCACUCUGCACUGUGAAAUCUCAAAACCAGAUGCCCCUGUGGAAUGGAGAAAGGGAUCUGUGGUACUUCAUCCAAGUGAGAAGCAUGUAAUGAAGCAAAAGGGUUCCCAGGUGGAGUUAAUCAUUCAUAGCCUAAAAGUUGAAGAUGCUGGAGAAUAUACCUGCGAUUCAGGGGAUCAGCGGACAUCAGGCUUUCUAAAAGUGAAGGCCCUUCCUGUGCUUUUCAAACAAGAGCUUCAGAAUAAGGAAGCUGAAGAGGAAAGUACUGUCACUCUGCACUGUGAAAUCUCAAAACCAGAUGCCCCUGUGGAAUGGAGAAAGGGAUCUGUGGUACUUCAUCCAAGUGAGAAGCAUGUAAUGAAGCAAAAGGGUUCCCAGGUGGAGUUAAUCAUUCAUAGCCUAAAAGUUGAAGAUGCUGGAGAAUAUACCUGCGAUUCAGGGGAUCAGCGGACAUCAGGCUUUCUAAAAGUGAAGGCCCUUCCUGUGCUUUUCAAACAAGAGCUUCAGAAUAAGGAAGCUGAAGAGGAAAGUACUGUCACUCUGCACUGUGAAAUCUCAAAACCAGAUGCCCUCGUGGAAUGGAGAAAGGGAUCUGUGGUACUUCAUCCAAGUGAGAAGCAUGUAAUGAAGCAAAAGGGUUCCCAUGUGGAGUUAAUCAUUCAUAGCCUAAAAGUUGAAGAUGCUGGAGAGUAUACCUGUGAUUCAGGGGAUCAGCGGACAUCAGGCUUUCUAAAAGUGAAGGCCCUUCCCGUGCUUUUUAAACAACAGCUUCAGAACAAGGAAGCUGAAGAGGGUUCUACUGCUGUUCUGCACUGUGAGAUCACUAAACCGGAUGCCCAUGUGGAAUGGAGGAAAGGAUCUGUGGCACUUCAUUUAAGUGAGAAGCAUGAAAUAAAGCAAAAGGGUUCCCGUGUUGAGUUACUUAUUCAUAACUUAAAACCUGAAGAUGCUGGAAAAUAUACCUGUCUUACAAGGGACCAAGAGACAAGUGCAUCUUUAAAAGUGAAGGUCCUGCCUGUACUUUUCAAAGAAGAGCUUCAGAAUGUGGAAGCUGAAGAGGAUAGUACUGCUACUCUUCGCUGUCAGAUUAGUAAGCCUGAUGCUCCAGUAAAAUGGAGGAAAGAAUCUCUGCUACUUCAUCCAUGUAAAAAGUAUGAAAUGAAGCAAAGAGAUCUUUCUGUUGAGCUGUUAAUUCACAGCUUAAAACCAGAAGAUGCUGGUGAAUAUUCCUGUGAUUCAGGGGAUCUGCAAACUACAGCCUUCUUAAAAGUGAAAGCUCUUCCUGUACUUUUCAAGCAAGAGCUUAAGAAUGAAGAAGCUGAAGAGGAUAGCACUGCCAUUUUAUGUUGUGAGAUUACUAGACCUAAUGCCUCAGUGGAGUGGAGGAAGGGAUCUGUGGUAAUUCAUCCAAGUGACAAAUAUGAAAUGGUGCAGCAAGGUUCUUGCCUCGAGUUGCACAUACAUAACCUAAAACUAGAAGAUGUUGGUGAAUACAUCUGUGAUUCUGGGGAUCAACAGACUAUGGCUUCCUUAAAAGUGAAUGCACUGCCACUACUUUUCAAACAAGAACUUAAGGAUGAGGAAGCUGAAGAGGGUGGCACUGCCACUCUUCACUGUGAGGUUAAUAAUCCUGAUGCGCCCGUAAAGUGGAGAAAGGGAUCUUUGGUACUUCACCCAAGUGACAAGUAUGAAAUGAAGCAAGAAGGAUCAAGUGUUGAUUUGCUUAUUCAUAGCCUAAAGCCUGAAGAUGGUGGUGACUAUACCUGCUAUUCUGGAGAUCAACAAACCACUGCCUCUUUAACAGUGAAGGCAACGCCUGUGGUUUUUAAACAAGAACUUCAUAAUGAAGAAGCUGAAGAGAAUAGUACUGCUAUUCUGCACUGUGAAGUUAAUAAACUUAAUGCCUCAGUAGAAUGGAGAAAAGGAUCAGUAGUACUUCAUGCAAGUAAGAAAUACACGUUAAAACAAGAAGGAUCAAGCAUUAAGUUGUUCAUUCACAACCUGAAGCUAGAAGAUGCUGGUGAAUAUACCUGUGAUUCUGGAGAUCAACAGACUACAGCUUCAUUAAAAGUAAAGGCUUUACCAGUACUUUUCAAACAAGAACUUCAGAAUGUGGAAGCUGAAGAGGGUGGUUCAGCCAAACUAUGCUGUGAGCUUACUAAAGCUGAUACUGCAGUGGAAUGGCGAAAGGGAUCAAUGGCACUAGUGCCAUGUGGAAAAUAUGAAAUGAAACAGCAAGGUCCCAUCAUUGAAUUGUUAAUCCAUGAUGUGGAACCAGAAGAUGCGGGUGACUACACUUGUGAUUCUGGGGAUAAACAAUCAACAGCUCAUUUGAAAGUAAAAGCAUUACCUGUGCUCUUCAAAAAAGAGUUACAGAAUGAGGAAGCUGAAGAGGGUAAUCUGGUCACAUUUCAUUGUGAGCUUACGAAAUCUGGUACACUGGUAAAAUGGAAAAAAGGAUCUAAAAUACUUCAUCCCAGUGACAAGUAUGAAAUGAAACACGUUGGUGCAGUUGUUGAAUUAUCAAUCCACAAUGUGAAUACAGAAGAUACAGCUAAAUACACCUGUGAUUCUGGGGACCAGCAGACUGAUGGCUACUUGAAAGUUAAUGUUGCACCAAUAAUUUUGAAGAAAAGACUUCAGAGCCAAGAAGUUGAAGAGCAUGGGAUGGCAAUCCUACAUUGUGAACUGUCUAAACCAAAAGUGCCUGUGAAGUGGAGGAAAGGAUCUCUAUUGAUCUCUCCAAAUGAAAAGUACAAAAUAAAACAGGAAGGUUGUGUACAAAUAUUGCAGAUUCAUGACUUGGAAUCAGUAGAUGCCGGAGAGUACUCUUGUUGUUUUGGGGAUCAGCAAACUACAGCUUCCAUAACUGUGAAAGCCUUGCCGGUACUUUUCAAACGUUGGCUUAAAAAUGAGGAAGCGGAAGAAGGCCACUCUGCCCUACUGCACUGUGAGCUUACGAAACCCGAUGCCACUGUGGAAUGGAGGAAGGGACCUGAGGUACUUAAACCAAAUGACAAGUAUGAAAUGAAACAGAAAGGCCCUAUUGUUGAAUUACUAAUUCACAAUCUGAAGCUAGAAGAUGCUGGGGAAUAUACUUGUGAUUCUGGGGAUCAACAGACUACUGCCUCCUUAACAGUCAGAGAGCCAGAUAUAAAAAUUAUUGAUGGUUUGAAAAACUUGGAAGUGAUGGAAGGUGGAGAUGCUUUGUUUGAAUGUAAACUGUCCCACGAAAAUGCACGAGGUGUUCAAUGGAUUUUGGGAGGAAUUGAACUGCAGAGUAAUGAAAUGAAUGAAAUUUCAGUGAAGGAUGGUAAUAUUCACACUAUUCUUUUGAGGAAAAUCACACAAGAUGACGCUGGCACUAUGACCUUUAAGGUUGGGAAGUGCAUAUCUUCAGCUCAGCUUAAUGUCAAAGGAAAACCAAGGAAUCUGGAGCUAGAGAACUGUGAGACAAAGCAGGAUGUGCAGAAGGAACAAGAAGAUGGCAGCUACCAUGGGGAUGUCAUUGCUCAGCAGCCUCCCAGCCAAAUGGAGGAGGCAGGCACUGGCCACAAGGCAACUCCAGCAACUUUCACUAAACCGCUUCAAAGUAUGGAAGUGGAUGAAGUUGAAACAGCAACUUUGCUCUGUGAACUCUCACAAUCGAAUGUUCAAGUUAUUUGGAAAAAAGGAUUAACAACAAUUUUUCCAGGUGACAAGUAUGAAAUUAAACAGGAAGGUUGUAUACAUAAGUUAUGCAUAUACGACCUAACAUCAGGGGACUCGGGUGAAUAUACCUGUAUCUCUGGAGAUCAUCAGACCACAGCUUCUUUAACUGUCAAAGGCCUGAAGAAUGUAACAGUUUUUGCUGAUGAAGAUGCUGUGUUUGAAUGCAAAGUUCAUCCUGAAAAUUUUUCUGAUGUGCAGUGGUGGUUGAGUGACACUCCUUUGCAGCACAAUGAAAUGAAUGAAAUAUCUGUUAAACAUGGAAACAUUCACUUUUUGAAACUGAAGAAUGUUACUCAGGAAGACUGUGGUACAGUUACAAUUAAAGUUGGAAAACACAGUUCCUCUGCAAAACUUCUGGUAAAAGCUGCACCUGUGCAGUUUAUUAAGAAACUGCAAAGCCAGGAGGGUGAUGAAGGUAGUGUAAUAUCGCUGUGCUGUGAACUGACUAAGGCUGAUGCACCAGUCACAUGGAAAAGAGGAUCCCAAAAACUUAGUCAAAGUGACAAAUAUGAACUAUUACAAGAUGGUUCUAUUGUUGAAUUAUUGAUCCAUAAUCUGAAGCUUGAAGAUGCUGGAGAAUACACUUGUGAUUCUGGUGAUGACCAGACAAAAGCCAAACUGUCUGUGAAAGAACGCACAAAAAUUAUUCGUGGGCUUGAAGAUGCAAGUACAAUUGCACAAAACGAUGUGACAUUUGUAUGUGAGACUUCUCAAGAAGAUACUAAAAAUGCUCAGUGGUGGUUAAAUGGAAAGCUACUUCAAAGUAAUGAAUUCUGUGAAAUUAAAACUACUGAUAAGAUACACACGUUGAUAUUGAAAAAUAUCACACCCGAUAAUUCCGGAACUGUUAUGUUCAAAGUUGGCUCUGAAAGUUCAACAGCUAAGCUGCAAGUGCAAGAGAAGCCUAAAGUCGUUUUCAAACAAAACCUUCAGGAUAUACAAGCAAAUGAGGAAAGUACAGCUUUUCUUCGUUGUGAACUUUCUGAAUGUGAAGUGCCUGUAACAUGGAAGAAAGGCUCAAUAACAAUUAAACCUAGUAGAAAAUAUGAAAUGAGGCAGCAAGGUUCGAUGGCUGAAUUGGUGAUUUCUGAUUUAACGUUGGAAGAUGCUGGAGAAUAUACUUGCGAAUCUGGAGAUCAGAAGACUAGUGCUUCCCUCAGAGUGGAAGCUUUACCUGCCUAUUUCAAACAAGAGCUACAGAAUGUGGAAGUAAUUGAAGGACACACUGUCAAUCUACGCUGUGAACUUUCUAAGCCCAGUGCUCCUGUAGAAUGGAGAAAGAGACUUGUUGUGCUUCAUCCAAGUGACAAGUACGAAAUGAGCCAAAAUGGUGUCACCGUUGAGUUGUUGAUUCAUAAUGUGAAACCAGGAGAUGCUGAACAUGAAAUAAAGAUAGUUUCUGGUUUGAAGAACACUGAUGUCUUUGCUGGUGAGUCAGCCACAUUUGAAUGUGAGCUCUCACACAAGGAUGUGGAAAAUACACAGUGGUGGCUGGAUGGUUCGCCCCUUCAGAAUAAUGAUCUGAAUGAGAUAUCUGUUCAACAUGGAAAUAUUCACAGAUUGACGCUACAAGGUCUGGGAACUGAUGACUCGGGAACAGUGACAUUUAAGGCUGGGACUCUUACUUCUUCAGCGAAGUUAUUAGUCAAAGCAAAGCAACCUGAUAUUCUUGAAGGACUAGAGAAUGUAGAUACGGUGGAAGGUGGAGAAGCUCUGUUUGAAUGCUCCUUGUCUAAACCAGAAGUACAUGAUUAUAAGUGGCUGAUGGAUGAUGUUCCCAUAACACAGUCUGAAAAACUAGAAACUGCAGUGCUCGAAGCUGGAAGACGACAUAUCUUACUGUUAAAGAACUUAAUUCCAUCUGACAGUUGUCGAGUGAGUUUCAUGUCUGGAAAUGCCAUGUCCUCAGCAUAUCUAAAUGUUAAAGGAUGGCAUAUUAGCAUUUUGAACACUUUGAGAGAUACUGAAGUGGUCCAAGGCAAUCAGGCAGAAUUUGAAUGUGUAUUGAGUGAAGUGGUCCCUAUUACCGAAGUGAGCUGGUACCUGAAUGAAACUGAUAUCAAAACUGAUGAGCACUGGGAAACAAAGGCAGAGAGAAACACUUACAAACUCAUAUUGAAAAAUGCCCAAUUUAUUCAUUCCGGAGAAAUAACUUUUGCUUCAAGAGAUGUCAUUGCAUCAGCAAAAAUAACAGUUAUUGGUCCUCCUGAUCCUCCUGAAGAUCCAGAGAUUGUCAGAAAGAACCACCAAUCUGUCACUUUGUCUUGGUUUACGCCACUAAGUGAUGGUGGCAGUGUUAUACAAGGCUAUCAUGUUGAGAUGAAACCCUCUGACAGUGACUGCUGGUUGCCAUGUAACACAAAAGUAAUUGAAGAGACAGAAUUCACUGUUGAUAAUCUGAUACCAGGCACUGGUUAUAGAUUCCGUGUUUUGGCUCUGAACCGUGCUGGUGCUGGCGAACCUGUACAUUUGCCACAGACAGUUCUACUGGAGGUUCCUGUGACUGUCACCAUUCCUCUCACUAACAUUACUGCAACAGAUGGGGAAUCUGUCAAGCUCCAAUGUGAAUUUUCCAGAGAAUGCAUUAAUGCAACAUGGCUAAAAAAUGAUCAGCCCAUUGAAACAAGUAGCAAGUAUGAGAUCAUUUCUGGAGGAACAAAACACUAUCUGAUUAUUCACAAUUGCAGUGCUGAAGAUGAAGGGAGAUACACCUGUUUGGUGACCUCAGCUACAAAAACGUCUGCUGAAGUCACUUUGGAUGGUACAAUUAAACCUGUUCCAGAUCAGGACUGGGAAAUUCUACAGGAGCCUGACAAAGCUACAGUUGAAGUAAUAGAUGGGGAGCAAGUUACUCCCAAACCAAGCUUGCCACCUGAGGCAGCCCAGGAAGGUGACUUGCAUCUUCUGUGGGAAGCCUUGGCAAAGAAACGCAGAAUGAGCCGAGAACCAACUCUUGAUUCUAUCAGUGAAGUACCAGAAGAAGAUGACAAAGCUCUGAAACAACAGCUACAGAAAGGUUUGGAGAUUGAAGAUGUAUCUACAGAUGACAUGUCUAGAGCGUGUGAUUCUUAUACAAGUUCUGAUGAAGAGUCACAAUCAGGUACUCCGUCCCUUGUUCAUUACCUGAAAACAGCAGGACAGUCAACCAUAACAAUAGCUGGAAAAGUACAAACUAUUUCUACAAGCAAAUUCUUUAAACACUGGGAAUCUACAAGCACUGAGCCUGAGAAAUUGCAAGAUGAACCUAUCUUGGAAGAAGACCCAUCUCUUGCUGAAGCUGCAACAAAAAUCCAGGCUGCAUUUAAGGGUUAUAAAAUCAGGAAGGAACUGAAACAGCAAGGCACACCUGUGUUUGGAGAAGUUUUUAAAUCUCAGACAAUUAAGCUGGGCCAAACUGUCCAUCUGGACUGUGUGGCCCUGAGUAAAUCUGAAGUCAAAGUUCGAUGGCUCAAAGAUGGAGAAGAGAUUGUUGAUGGAAGACAUUAUCAUAUUGAUAAUUACAGUGAUGGAACUUGCUCCUUAAUUAUUACAGGUGUGGAACAAAAAGACUCUGGAACAUAUACUUGCGAGGCUUCUAACAAAUUUGGCACAGCUUCUCAUAGUGGAAAAGUUAAGGUUUACAGCACUGAUAGUGAACCAGAAAGUUCUUCAGGAAGUGAAGUUGAUGAUGCUUUUCGCAGAGCAGGUAAACGACUUCACAGACUUUUGCAUUCAAAACUAUCUUUUGAAAUUUCUGAUGUGGAUGAAGAAUUCUUUGUUAGUGCUGAUGAAGGAGAUGAAGAAAUCUUGGACAGACAGACCUACCAUGAGGAUGAAAAUUAUAUUUAUAUUAAGUUUGAUACCUUGACUGAAGCAGAAGUGGCUGCAGACAGAUUUAAGGAGAUAUUUAUCGGCCAGGGAAUUCCUGUUCAAAUUGACAUUUGCCAAGACAAUAAUAGGGUUGAAAUACGGAUUAAGAAGGUUUCACACCCCCCUGUCGCAUUUGGAGAAGACCAUACACCCACACAAGAGGGACUACAAGUUGAAUCUGCACCCCAUGUUGUAUCUGAGCUCCAGAACCAGGAUGUUCAGGAAGGCUACCCUGUUAGUUUUGAUUGCAUGGUAACUGGAUAUCCACCUCCAGUGGUUCAAUGGUUUAAGGAUGGAAAGCUGAUCGAGGAGAAUGACCACUACAUGAUCAAUGAAGAUCAAGAUGGGUGUCAUCAACUUAUCUUAACAUCUGUAAGUCUGAGCGAUAUGGGAGUAUAUAGAUGUGUGGCAGAAAACUACAUUGGCGUUGCAUCAACAAAGGCUGAACUAAGAGUCGAUGUUAUUAGCUCAGACUACGACACAGCAGAAGCCACUGAGACAUCUUCCUAUGUCAGUGCCCAAGCUUCUCUCACACGGUUAAAUUUGGAAGGUGUGGAAUCACAGGCUGAAGAAGAACAGCUGCCUCAGAUUGUAGAAGAGCUUCAUGAUACCUUUGUUACUGUUGGAGCUCCAAUCAUAAAAUUGCAGAUUAAAGUUAAAGGUUACCCAAUCCCUCGUGUUUAUUGGUUUAAAAAUGGAAUCCCUCUGCGUGCCACAGAUGAAAUUCUGAUGACUGAUGAUCAAGGAGAUCAUUCACUGGAAAUUCUCAAUGUUACAAGAGAAGCUGGUGGUGAAUAUGCAGCAUACAUCAGCAAUUCAUCAGGCUCAGCCUAUACGUCUGCUAUCGUACAUGUUCAAAGCCCAGAAGAAGAGAUUGGUAAAUAUGAGCCUGAAGAAAAAUCAACAGGAAAACCAGAGAAGCUGAUUCCACCAAGGUUUCUGGAACGUUUCACAAGCAGGAGCGUAAGAAAAGGAGCAAGUAUUACCUUAACUGUCAGGGUGGAAGGAUCUCCAAUACCUGAUAUAACAUGGCUUAAAGAAGAGUCAGUGGAAGAUGUCAUCUGGAUUAAGCCAAAUACACCAGGUUAUACAUUAGCCAGCUCAAAUAUGCAGCACAGUUUGAUCCUGUUGGAUGUUGGGAAGGAGUACUCUGGAUCCUAUACGUGUAUUGCUACAAACAAAGCUGGCCAAUCAAUCUGUUCUGCCCACUUGGAUGUUGUGGAUGGUGAGUCACAUUCAUUGAAAAUGAAUACUGAAGCAAAAGAAAUUUUGACAGAAGAAAUCAGCAGAGAAGUUGCCGCAACCACAGCCUUACCGCAUCUUUCACUAGGAGAUGUUGGAACAGAAGAAUUCCUGCAAAAAUUAACAUCUCAAAUUACACAAAUGGUCUCUGCAAAGAUCACCCAAGCUUCAUUGCGUGUUCCUGGAGGGGAAAGUGAUGAAGAAGGCAAGACUCCAUCUCCAUCUCCACGUCACGGUAGAUCCAGACCUUCUUCUAUUGUCAACGAAUCUUCCUCUGAGUCUGAAGAUUCAGAGACCAGAGGCGAGAUUUUUGACAUUUACAUGGCUACAGCAGACUACAAUCCAUUGCCAACAGAGAAAGAGUCCAUUCACCUUAAAGAACGGCAAUAUGUGGAAGUUCUUGACUCUGCACAUCCACUCAAAUGGCUGGUUAGGACAAAGCCUACAAAAUCCACACCAGCCAGACAGGGCUGGGUUUCUCCUGCCUAUCUGGACAAAAGACUAAAGUUCUCAGCUGAGCUUUCUCUGGAAAGCCCUGAACCCUCCGGAGAGAUUGAAUCAGAAGAUGAAUACAGGAGAAAAUUAUACCUCCUUGUGCAAGAUCUGAUCGAAACUGAAAAAGAAUUCACAAGAGAUUUGCAGUUCUUUGUUGACCAUUACAUCAAACAUACCGAAACAUCGCCCAAUGUACCGCCUUCAGUAGCGGAUGGCAAACAAGCAAUUUUCCGAAACAUUAAUGAAAUUACUGAUUUCCACAUCAGCAUCUUCCUGAAGAACCUUAUGAAAUGCCAGACAGAUGAUGACAUUGCGUUAUGUUUCAUCACUAACAGUGAUGGAUUUGAUAAAUACUUGCAAUAUCUGGUUGGAAGUGUGCAGGCUGAAUCUCUCAUCACUAAUCCCGCAGUCCAGGACUUUUAUAAUAAAUAUACAGAUGAAGUUGCUUCAACCCAGGACCAAUCAGAAUCCCCAAUUUUACCUAUACAUACUUACUUAGAGAAACCUGCUAAUAGACUCUUGAAGUAUCAAGCUGUUCUGAAGGAGCUAAUUCGCAACAAAGCAAGAAGCAAUAAAAACUGUGCUUUGUUAGAAGAAGCAUAUGCUGUAGUGUCUGCUCUUCCCAAGCAAGCUGAUAUCAACUUACAUAUUUCAAUGAUUGAAAACUAUCCAGGGACUUUGGAAUCUCUUGGUGACCCAAUCAGACAGGGACAUUUCAUGGUAUGGGAGGGAGCUCCUGGUGCAAAACUAUCAUGGAAAGGUCACAAACGUAUUGUUUUUCUCUUCAAAAACCAUUUACUGAUCUGUAAACCAAAAAGAGACAGCAGGACAGAUGCACAAUGUUAUGUCUUUAAAAACCUGAUGAAGCUCACUAAUAUUGACAUAAAUGACUUUGUGGAGGGUGAUGAAAGAUCCUUUGAAGUUUGGCAUGAACGAGAAGACUCUGUACGUAAAUACACUCUCCAAGCACGAACUGUGAAUAUAAAGAUAUCAUGGUUAAAAGACAUUUGUGGCAUACAGCAGCGCUUCAGUAUUCCUGCAUGGAAUCCCCCAGAAUUUGUGGAGAAACUGACAGAUUGUACUGCUGACAUGGGACAAACAGUGAAACUAGCAUGUCUAGUUAUUGGAAAUCCCAAGCCAGUAAUCACAUGGUACAAAGAUGGUAAACCCGUGGAGAUUGACCCACAUCAUAUUAUUAUUGAGGAUGAGGACGGUUCCUGCACAUUGAUCUUAGAUACUCUGAAUGCUGCUGAUUCCGGGCAAUAUAUGUGUUAUGCAGCCAGUGCUGCUGGAACUGCCAAUACACUUGGAAAGAUUCUUGUACAAGUCCCACCAAGGAUUGUAAGCCAUCUUAGAAACAUUCCGUUUGUGGAGAAUGAAGAUACACAGUUUGCAUGCACUGUUGAAGCUGCACCAGCCCCUCAGAUAAGAUGGAGUACUGGCGGGACACCACUAACAAAUAAGGCAAAGUACCAGACUUUCUUUGACCCACAGUUUGGAGUUGCAGUGCUAGUCAUCAAAAACACAGAAAAGAAUGACCUUGGACUCUAUGAAUGUGAAAUUACAAAUAAACUGGGUACAGCCAGAGACGUUGCAGAGUUGUACCUUCAGGCCCCCGUCCUAAUACCAGAAAAGAGAGAUGAUCAAGUUGUCAUGAUUGAAGUCACUGAACAAGAGACUAAAGUUCCCAAGAAAACCAUCAUCAUUGAGGAGACUAUAACAACAGUAGUCAAGAGCCCAAAAGUUAAACGACGCAGUUCUUCAAGUAUAUCCCCUGCAAGACCCUCAAGACUACAGGAAAUGGAAUCAGAAGUAUUAUUCUCAACUAAACCCAAGGCACCUCCUCCGAAGCUUCAGAUGGAACCCAGAGAAACCUCCAUGAAAAUGCCACCCAUUCCUGCAGUUAUGAUAACAGAGCCAGAAGAACAAGGUGCAGCUUCGAGACAUAUUUUAGUAAAAACUAAGGUAGAAGAACAAAAACCUAAGUGGGUUGAAGUUGAAGAAGUAGUUGAAUUCAAAGUUAAGAAAAGUGCAAAACCUCAAAGGAAAAGAUCAGUCUCCCCUUCUACUCGUACCUUAUCAGAGCAAAGGCAAAUGAGCCGUAGAUCUUCAAGUCCAAGGCCCAAACGACCUCUUAGGACUGACCCUAACAUAAACAACUCAAAUAAUAACCUAGUGGAACAAAUGCAAUCCUCCCUUUCAGAAGAAAAUGUGGAUAUUCUGACCUCUGUAUGUGAACCUGAGAAUAUCACAGAACUUGAACAAGCUACAUCAGAUGACAUCAAUCCCGAUUAUAUAUUUGACCACUUUGUUGACACUGCUCAUGAAACAUCUGCUCAUGCUGUGACUGAAUAUGAUAUUCAGCCAAAUGAAACUGAAGAUAAGUGCAAAUCAGCUGUAUUGGAAGUGGAAACUCCACUUGUUGCUCAUGUGGGUGAAACAAUAAUGCUAAGCUUUGAACCACCUGGAUCCAUGGAUGACGAACAGCUAUCCCUUAAAAAAAUUUUUGAUACUAAAACAGUAUCUCCUUUAUCAAUUGUAAAUCUUCCAUUAGAUAUGACUGGUGAUAAAUUGGAGGAACUCAAACGAGAGCAUGAAGAAGAUAUUGACACAGAAAAUGAACAUAUUAUUGAUGAACCUCCUGAAUCAACCAGUGAUGGCCUAAUAAAUAGAGACACCAAAAUUUUGACUCGUAAUGGCAAGCCAUUAACCUUAGAAGACCUUGAAGACUACAUUCCUGCUCAAGGGGAGACCUACAAAUGUGAGGAUAUAGUUGACCAAGAUUAUCCAUCAGCUACUAGUUCCAGUGAACCAUGUGAAAUUUCUGUUCUGCAGGCAGAAAUAAAUGAACCAACAAUUGGCAAACCAGUUUUACUUAAUGUUGGGAGACCAGUUGUUCCUAAGAUAAAGCCAAGUUAUUUGCAUCAGUUUGGAGAUCAGCGGUCUGGAGGGUUGUUCAUGUCAACAUCCCGAGUAACAGAAAUGCAUUCAAUGGGACCGUCGAAUUUGUCAGUACAUGUCAGUGGAUCAUGUACUGAAUCGGUCGUCCAUUCCUCAACAAUAACAGAGAAGAAACCACCAUUUGAAUUAAAAACAUCGUUUUCAACUGGACAAGGGAUUGAAUCUGAGAGACAGGACAACAGGAAACUGGCAAUAGAAGAUGACGAGAGCCUGAAUAACGUGAGAUUAGAAACCAUCAGUGAUGCAAGAGACUAUUAUAAAAAUAGUGCAAGUAGCAAUAUAUACAGUCAAUUAAAGGAAGGGGACUCGCUUGAAAGUCAAGAAGAAUAUUGGCCAGAAUUCACAUGUGCAAGAAUAAAUCAUAAGUCAAAGAAAAAAUCUGUAACAUUCACAAAUGUCAUCUCAAGUGAUAAAGGUAGAACAUCUCCAUCAGCUGAAAAGUGUGGUUUACACGUGGCCAACAGAAAAGAUGGUGAAGAGCAGGAAAAUAAAGAAGAAACAAUAAUGACCCCAGAAGUGAAAGAAUCUAUUCAAUAUUCUACUGGACAUGAAAGCAGAGAAAUGGAGAUAACUUUAAAUAAAUUUGCAGAUUCUCCACUGAUUUAUAUGGCUGUACCACAAGAAAAUAGGGGAGUGACAGAGAGAUCUAAUAUUCCAGAACUAUUUGCAGAACAGAUGAAGACAAAUGAAGUUGAUAAUCCUUUUAAACCAGAUCCACAAGACUUUCAAACCAUUGGUGACCAAGCCAGCAGCAUUAAUAUUCAAACCAAGCCUCUAAAAGAUCUGCAGAAUGAGAACAUUAAAAACAUUACUGUGAAGACACUACGCGAAAUACAGUUUAAUCCAACCACAUUCAAGCGAGGAACUCUUUCAGCUAGUAAUAUAAACAUAGCAGAGCAAAAUAUUUUCUCAAGAAUUGUAAAUGAGGGAGCUGAAUGCAGGGCUGAAGAAAUCCCAAUGUUGCCUGAUAACCAAAGGCACAAACUGCUUAUGGAGCUACCUGAGAGUUACCAUAUUGAUUUGACUGCACAAGAGGACACAGGUAUUCCUGAGGAGCAAGCUGCAUCACCUCUUGCUUGCCAGAAUGCCACCAGCUCACAGCAGUCCCUUUCAUCUAAACCACCAGCUGAAGGCACAAGCACAGAAACAAAAGUCAAGGAAGAAUGCUCCAGGGAGAAAGUAGUAGAAAGAAGAAAACUACAUUACUAUUAUGAUGUUAAAGAGGAAAUCGGAAGGGGUUCAUCUAGCUUUGUGAAGAGAGUUGUGAGUAAAGAGAAUGGAACACAUUGUGCAGCUAAGUUUGUUACUCUCAGAAGAGGUAUCCAGGCUUAUGAAGAGCGUGCCAUUUUAUCCAGGCUUAACCAUUCAAAGAUUGCCUGCUUACUUGAUACAUUUGAAACCAAAAGAACACUUGUGUUAGUGCUGGAAAUGUGCUCAAAAGAAGGAUUGUUGGAUCGCUUGUUCAAAAAGAACAUUGUUGCAGAAGCUGAGGUUAGGAACUAUAUCCAGCAGAUUUUGGAAGGGGUCCAUUAUCUCCAUGACAAUAACAUACUUCAUCUUGACAUAAAACCUGCUAACAUUCUAAUGGUACAUCCAGAAAGAGAUGAUAUUAAGAUUUGUGAUUUUGGAUUUGCACAAGAACUCUCACAGGACAAGCUUCAGUUUAGCAAAUACGGUUGCCCGGAAUUUGUGGCCCCAGAAAUUGUUUCCGAGGAUCCGAUUUCAACAGCCACUGACAUAUGGUCGAUUGGGGUGAUCACAUUUUUGUGUUUGACAGGUAACUGUCCAUUUGCUGGUGAAAAUGACAGAAUUACACUAUUAAAUGUGAAGGAUGGAUCCUUCUCAUGGAAUGACCAUGAUUUGGAAUGUAUAACCGAAGAUGCUCGAAGUUUUGAGAAACAGAAGCUUCAGGAGUCUUGUACAAUUCAUACAAAGAAAUUGAAAUUCUAUUUAUCAAGGAACAGGUGGCAGCGUUCCCUUAUGUGUUAUAAAUCAAUACUUGUAAUGAGGUCAAUUCCUCAACUUUUGGAAGAGCCAUCUGAAAUUCAUUCUCUUGGUAUGCCUCGACAUUUGCUUAAGCAAAGCAACAUAUCAACAUCCAGUGCCUCCUCUUCUGAUUUUGAAGACUAUACCCAGCAGACAGAACUAAGUCCAUGUCAUUCUUCAGAUAUCAGUCAGAUAGUGUUCAAUCAAUAUUUUGCAGAUGACGGUGACCACUGUGAAACCCAAGAGGCUGUUUCUUUUAUAACAGACAUUUUAGAUCCAGCUGUUAGUGAGAACAAGAGGCAUAAGUCAGUGUUAACUGGAAGCAUUGCUGUUGAGAAGCAAGGAGAUGUAAAAUAUCAAAUAUGUGCAAAAUAUGAUGAGGAUAAUGUGAAAGCCCAGUGUAAUCCUCCUGAAAUAUGUGGAGACCUGAAUUUAAGUACUAACAGAAUUAAACAUUCUAUUGCUAAAGCAGCUACUAUAGAGACAUCAGAUAGUUCAAGAAUGGAAGAGAGAGUAACUCAUAACUUAACACGAGCCAUUUCAGCUGACAGCAUCUUCACACUUCAGUCAUUAAAAAUGAACAGUUUACCAGAUUCAAACUCCAAACCACCAUCCAGACUUUUGCCAAGACAUUGUCUUAAGAAUAGAAAUCUUCCCAGUGAGGAUGCUCAAUAUGCAACAAGAACAAAGAAACGCUUUGUACAGGCAGGUUACACAAAGGGAAGGAUAAGUGGACUACCUCAACCACUUUUGGGUUGCCUUCAAAUGGCUGUACAGGAAGGAACUGUUAAUGAUAAAAGAUCUGAAGAAACCUCAAGCCACAUCUCUGGAAGACUGUAUAAAUCGGCUUCUUGCGACAAUGAGUUUAAAGUGGGUUAUGGUCCCAAGGAAAAUUUAAGGAAAAGCAAGUCAUUGGAUGAAUAUGAAACAAAGUCUGUGGUUUGGACUUCUGGAGAAUCUGCAUGUGAAUUAAUGAAUUCAUGUCUCCAGCAUUCAGAUCCAAAUUCCAAUGCAAAAACUAUUGUUGAGCCUAUGAUAACCUUGCCUACUUCCGUAGGUGAACAAGUGUCAGGUUCUCAAAAGUCAACACUGAGUGACACAAUGUAUUUAUCUGAAGGGGUCACUUUCUUUACAGAUGUUUUACAAUAUCCCAGGCAAAAUACUUCCUCUGCGAUAGACCAGUCUUUGCAAACUGAUGCACCCUUGGAGUCAUCAGAAAAAGAACAGAGCAUGGACUUGGAAAAGAAAACCCCUGUUACUAACAAUAAAGAAUACAAUUCAGAGGGGAACUCUCAUGCAGUUACUUCCCUCCAGCAUUCAAUAGAUCUCCUAAACAAGGAUCAUAGAUUUUCACGAUCAUGUGAGGAUGCAGAGAGCUCAUCUCUCUUUAAACUUUCGGAGAUGGAGUCCAAGACAGAGAAAAAACAGAAUGAUGAAAAGCCUAUCAAUUCACACUCAAAUGUUUCAGAAAUCAGAUCUUUUGACAUUAAAGGCUCUACAGAUUCAGAGUUGCAGAGUAACAUCUCUUUUACUGCCUCAGCUGUCACAUGUGAACCUCAGACCCAGAGUUCAAGUGAAAAUGUCAGCUCUGUAUAUCAUGUUGCAGUAAAACCAGAUGUAGAUUACUUUGACCUGUCGGAACCGUACAACUGUGAACUCCACAAUGAGCAUGGACCCACAUUUUUGACUCAAGAGUUUGAAGAGAAAAGCACAUCACAAGCUAAAUCCUUGCCUGAGCCAUGCACAUCUGAAGAGAAGUUUUCUUCAAGGGAAACAGAUGUCAACAAGGAUAAUCCUCCACGGCGAAAGUCAGAUCGGACAUCAACCACUUCAUAUGAAUUAUUGUACAAUGAGAUUGAACCUGUAAGUGAGAGUUUGUGGGGUAUAUCUGCAGCUGAAUGGGAGUCAGAUCUAUUGGAAUUACUCGAUGGUAGUGACGAGGAUGAGAUCAUGUCUGAUAUUGAAGAAGGGGCAUCAAAAAGCAAAAGAAAAUCUAAAAGAAUUUCACUGGAAAGUAAAAUAUAUCAAAGUUUUGAAAGUCUGAGAAAAGCUUUCAAAAGUGAAAAAGAGGAAAGAGCUCCAAUUUCUUCAAGUGAAAUGAGUCUGAUUGUCGGUGAAAGCCACAAUGACCCAGGUUUAAAGUCUCCAUCAAAAACAUCUGGCGGGUCUGGUCUUUUAAGAUUAUUUAGUAGGUCUGCUUCGCUAUAUUGGGAUAAAGAAUUUCAUGAUGGAGACGGAGGAGGAAAUCGUCAUUCUUUAUCUGCACUUCUAGGGAAAGGAAAGAGUCAGACAUUGCCUGCUCACUUUUCCUGGCAAUCUUUGAAAACCAAGGAUUUAGCAGAGAAACUUGAACUGAGGAAGAAAAAACAGCAGUUAAGCAAGGUUCAGAGAAGUGCAAACCCGUUUAGAAUGGAAUCAGCUGGCAGCCAGUACAUGGAAGUUAUGAAAGCACCAUUAAUACCUUCCUUAACAACACACAAAGACUUGGAAAAACAGCAAGUUGGCAUGUGUUCCACAGACACUAGUGACAAUGCCACUGGUUCCCUGAAGACAAAAUCCAGACUGUUUUCAUUCAAGCUUCCUGGUUCAAAAUCGAAGGAGAAAGCACCAUCAUUUCUUGAAGGGCUCCAAAACCGGUCAGUUGGCUUGAGUCAGUCUGUGACCCUGUCCUGCAAAGCCUCGGGUUCUCCAAAUCCUAAAAUACUCUGGUUCAAAGAUAACCAACUGAUGCGUUGCAGUGACCGAAUAUUGUUAUCAACCACAAGCACAAAAUGCCAACUUUUAACUAUUCUAAAUGUGGCUGACGAGGAUCUUGGAAGUUAUAAAUGUGUGGCUGAAAACCACUUAGGCAAAGCUUCAACUUGCUGCUUACUGAACCUUGCAGUUGUACCUUGCUGUCCCGAUUCUCCUGAAGUAGCGCAAGUCUUUGAAGAUGGUGCUUUAGUGAUAUGGAAACCACUUAUGGAAACCAGCAUGCCAACAACAUACGUUGUUGAGUGUCAGAAAAAAGGUGAAGACUGGAAAACCAUUGCAUCCAAUCUUUCUGAAACCUGCUUUUAUGCAAGUAAUCUGUGUAGGGGAGAAGCCUAUUUGUACAGAGUUGCUUAUGUCAACAAAGCAGGGAAAGGACCGUUUAGUCACCCAUCUGUAGAAAUCAUCAUUGGAGAGACAGAAGUGCAGUCGCACAGUGUGCAUGGUGAGAAGCCAGCAUCAGUGCAACAGACAUACACAUUUUUAGCAGAGUUAAACAGAGGGCGCUUCAGCAUCAUAAAGAAAUGUACAGAAAACUCCACUGGAAAAUCACUUGCAGCUAAAAUCACUCCAUACAAGAAAGAAAGGAAGCCAUUUGUCCUGAAAGAGUAUGAAACCCUGAAGAAGCUCCAUCACAGCAACAUUGUACAGCUUCAUGGUGCCUACAUUACACCCAAAUACUUGGUUCUGAUCCAAGAACUCUGCGAAGGCAAAGAGCUGCUUCGCUAUUUGGCAGAGAGAUCCUGUUACAGCGAGCACCAUGUGGUAGAAUUGCUGACACAGAUGCUUUGUGCUGUUGAAUAUCUUCAUCUUAAUCAUGUUCUUCACUUGGAUCUGAAAUCAGAGAACAUGAUCAUUGUGGACCAUAAUAUACUGAAGCUCCUGGAUUUUGGCAAUGCUGAGAUUCAUAUGCCUGGCCGACCAGUGCUGGUGGAAAGGUGCAGAGACUUUGUGGAGAAUAUGGCUCCAGAAAUCCUUGAAGGGAAGGCCGUUGGUCCUGAGACAGACAUUUGGGCUGUUGGUGUGGUGACUUUUACAAUGCUGAGUGGAGAUUGCCCUUUUAGGUCUGACAAAGAUUGUGACAAGGAGAAGAAUAUUCGGAAAGGGAAAGUCAAGUUAGGGCGAUGCUAUGCUGAUCUGUCUCAAGGGGCAAUUUCAUUUCUGAAGAGCACAUUAUGUCUUAAUCCAGGGGGAAGGCUGUGUGCCUCGGAAUGUCGGUCAUUUUCAUGGUUCCAAGAGGACACAAGGAUGAAGCUGAGAAAUUCAUCAGUUUCCUUUCAAACAGCAAAGCUCAGGAAUUACCUAAAACAACGGGAGAAGCGGAGGCUGCUUCUGAGUACAAAGCACGAAGUGCUGAUACUUCAGUCAUAAGAAAAGAAAUAAGUAAAAGAAUCUUAAUGAUGUAUUUCACCUUAAUG